CCCAACCAUUUAAACUUCCCGUGACCGGUUCAAAUGCCAAUAAAACUAUCUCAUUUGCCAACAAUAAUCACCUCCUUCAUCACUCUCUCUCUUUUCUACUGAUUCACUUUCUUGUUGAUUCACAUAUUCAUCAGUUUUUCUGAUCUGGGUUUUGUUUUCUGCAACUUCUCUAGGUGUUUCACUAAUAAACCAGAAGAAACUUGUUUGUUCGUUAGUGACAGAAUUUGGGUUUUUGUUGUUUCGUUACAAAAUUUUGAUCAAACCAAAAUUGUAGUUCAGAUUAUCUAUCGGCAUUCAAUAGUUGUAUUAAAGAGAACCUAAGAAGACAUUCAGGGUUUUGUUUCUAAAGUUGUCUUUAUUUUACCCAACAUCUCCUUUACACUUUAUUGACAAUUUUUCUGUGAUCAAAACAGAGGGUUUUUGGAGUGUACUUUCACAUAAUUUUCUGCUAUUCUUUUAAGGGUUUUUGUAAUGGAGGCUUGUUUUACAACCUUGCAAGGCAAUACCCAUUUGGUGAAACUUGGCAAAGGAGGAGGAAUUGAUAAUGGGUUUUGGGGAGAGAAGAUUAAAGGAGGAGGGAGUUCAGUGAAUAGUAAAAGGGUUUUGAAUAAAAGUAAUUUUUUGAAGAGUGAAUAUGGAAAUGGUAGAACGAUUAAAGGAAAUGGUGGUAUUGGUGUUGUUUCAUCUGUUCUUACUGCAGAUCAUGUCACCAAAGAGACAAUGACCCAUCAAGUACCAGUAUUUGAAAAGAAAAUAGUAGACCCAAAAAGUGUAGCUUCAAUCAUUUUGGGUGGAGGGGCUGGAACUCGCCUUUUCCCUCUUACUAUGCAAAGAGCCAAACCUGCUGUCCCAAUUGGAGGAAAUUACAGGCUUAUUGAUGUCCCAAUGAGCAAUUGCAUCAACAGUGGCAUAAACAAGAUUUUUGUCCUUACUCAGUUCAAUUCCGCUUCCCUCAAUCGCCAUCUCGCUCGCACGUACAAUUUAGGGAACGGUGUUAAUUUCGGAGAUGGAUUUGUAGAGGUCCUGGCUGCGACUCAGACACCAGGGGAAACAGGAAUGAAGUGGUUCCAAGGAACAGCUGAUGCUGUGAGACAGUUCACAUGGGUUUUUGAGGAUGCAAAGAACAAGAACGUCGAGCAUAUAGUGAUCUUGUCUGGCGAUCAUCUUUACAGAAUGGACUACAUGGACUUUGUGCAGAAACAUAUCGAUACCAAUGCAGAUAUUAGUGUUUCGUGCAUACCUAUGGAUGAUAGCCGUGCAUCAGAUUUUGGAUUGAUGAAGAUUGACAGUUCUGGUCGCAUCAUCCAAUUUGCUGAAAAACCAAAGGGGGCUGAUCUGAAAGCAAUGCAAGUCGACACUACUGUCUUGGGGUUGUCUCCAAAGAAAGCCAGUGAAUCUCCAUACAUUGCGUCUAUGGGUGUUUAUGUAUUUAGAACAGAUGUUUUACUAAAGCUCCUGAAGUCGAGGUAUCCCACUUCAAAUGACUUUGGAUCUGAAAUCAUUCCAUCAGCUGUAAAGGACCACAAUGUCCAAGCAUAUCUAUUCAAUGACUAUUGGGAGGAUAUUGGAACUAUUAAAUCCUUCUUUGAUGCUAACUUGGCACUCGCUGCACAGCCUUCAAGUUUUGAUUUUUCUGACCCAAAGACACCUUUCUUUACAUCUCCACGAUUCUUGCCACCAACUAAAGUUGAAAAAUGCCGGAUCCUAAAUUCAAUAAUUUCACAUGGAUGCUUCCUACAAGAAUGUAGUGUGCAGAAUUCAGUAGUGGGUGUCCGAUCUCGUUUAGAGUAUGGGGUUGAGUUACAGGACACCAUGAUGAUGGGUGCCGAUGAAUACCAAACAGAAUCUGAAAUUGCAGCACUUCUAGCAGAUGGAAAGGUUCCAGUUGGUGUGGGACAGAAUACCAAAAUCAGGAAUUGCAUAAUUGACAAAAACGCCAGGAUAGGAACAGAUGUGGUCAUUGCAAAUAAGAGCGGUGUUGAAGAAGCAGACAGACCAAAUGACGGGUUCUACAUUAGGUCAGGAAUCACAGUUAUACUUAAGAAUGCAACAAUCAAGGAUGGGAUGGAGAUAUGAAGUAACAGCUGAUGUGGCUUCCAUAGAAUCAACGAUGUAUGGAGGAGUGAAAUUUCCAUGGAUAUGGGUACUGAAGAAUCUGACUAGAGAGUAUUGUGCUUAUAUCCUAGAUCUUGCUGAUUCACUCCAUUAAUGCUGUUUUCAGGUGCAUGUAAAUUAAAAAUAGGUUCUUACUAGGAGAGGCUAAUAAUAAGAACUCCAGCUGAUGGAGUAUAAUGUACUUUAAAUAAAUCACAUCGCUGCAGGUUAGGUUGUUUCUUUUCUUUUCCGGCCCCUAUCCAUCGGGCACAAAUAGGUUGUUCUUAAACGCUUUGCCAAUUUAGAACCAGAAUUGUGAUAGUAAAUGUGCACUUCCUCUGAUCUAUAUAUGACAUUUGUAGUUCAUUUCUUUUCU